AUGCUCUCGAAUUCAGUCCUCAAGACAGCGUUUGGGGUGCUCUUGUCCUAUCUUCCCUCUUUGGCUUCAAGUCGAAGUAUUCCAAUUUCAUCGCGAGACGUUUCAACAGGAGCGUUGAGUAAAAUUACACCUAUCAAGAUUGAAACAGCUCAAGACUCCAAUAAUGCAUAUGCUCGGGCUACGCAGCUUUCAGAUGGCUCGUUGCUGUUAGGAUACGCUCACUUCGAUGGCGCAGCCCGCACCAUAGAAGUUACAAGAUCCAAUGAUGGCGGGAAAAGCUUCGAGCCAUUUGGUACCAUUGCACAUCGCGAUUCCAAUGUUGAUAUGGACAAUACUUUCCUGCUGGAGAUUGGCCAAACCAACCCACCUACAGUGCUGGCUGCUUUCAGGAACCACGACAAGAAUGAUGACGGUGACUAUACGUGGUUCCGCAUCACCGUCUGCAUUAGCGACGACGGUGGCAAGAACUGGGAGUACGCCAGCCAGGCUGUGGAUUUCUCUGCAGAGAGCUCAAGAGGCAUGGGUGUCUGGGAGCCGUUCAUGAGGGUCGGAAACGACGGCAAGAUCCAGUUGACGUAUAGCAGAGAGCUUGCGACGGAUAACCAGGAGACUUUCAGGACAAUAUCAGAAAACGGCAAGUCUUGGAGUACGCCAGUCAACCUCAAGGUCCACAAGGAAACCGAGACGCUACGAGACGGAAUGCAAGGGAUCGUCAAGGUCCACGAUGCAGCCACCGAAAAGGAAGCACUUGUCAUGGUGUUCGAGACGACUUCUAGAGGCUAUCAUGACUUCAAUAUCGAGUAUGCGGUAUCAUAUGACGAUGGCGCAACAUAUGGAGACAGAGGGGUGGUAUACAUUCCCGCGACGGGGAAACAGGCAGGCAGUCCGCAAAUCGCAGCCGUGGGGAACAAUCGCCUAGCAGUCCUGUUCAUGACAGAUGAGAGCACGACUACUCAGGAUUGGCCAAACGUGGCGCAAGUCAAGUCGGUGAUCAGUAGCGAAGGGCUGAAGGACGGUAAAAUAGAAUGGUCGACCACUCCACAGCUGAUUGGCGACGGCGACAGUCAUUGGCCUGGUUUGUUGAGAUUUGAUGACAAAGUAAUGGGAAUGUAUGAUCAGGACGGUGUGGUGGAAGCAAAGAUUUUGAACUACUAG